AACCCCGCCCCUCUGGUCCGCGUGUGGCGCCGAGCGGCUCGGCCCUGCACGGCUCGCCUCGGCUGGCCUCACCCUCGCCAUUGUCUGUGAGCGUGGCGGUUCCUGCUACGAGUUGCGGGCGGCGCGGCGGCUGACUGCGAUGCUGAAGGGCUCCGCGCCCCCUCAGAGGCGGCAGCGGGAACGGGCUCCAGCCCUGGGGAGCAGCCACCCCCCCUGCUGAAGACUGAAACUUUACGUCCCCGCGGCUUCCUCUCUUCCCCCUUCCCUUCGCCGACCCGGCUCGCCCUUCUCCAUGUGCUGAGCGGCCGGGGGCCCCAUGGACGCCUUCAGCGCCGCCAAAGCCAAAAUGGGGGCGAAGAGCGGCGGCGAGACGGCGGCAGCGGGGCUGGCCGCUCCUCAGCCCGCCGCGCCGGCCCCCAGCCCCGCCGGUCCCGGCUUGCCUGCCGCGCCCGAGCCCGCUGCCUACAAGCUGGAGGACCUGGAGACCCUGGCCACCGUGGGCACAGGUACCUUUGGGCGUGUUCAUCUGGUGAAGGAAAAAAUGGCCAAACGUUACUUUGCACUAAAAGUAAUGAGCAUUCCUGAUGUCAUUCGACUGAAGCAAGAGCAACAUGUGCACAAUGAAAAGUCAGUCUUGAAAGAAGUCAACCACCCCUUUUUGAUCAGAUUAUUUUGGACCAACCACGAUGAACGUUUUCUAUAUAUGUUAAUGGAGUAUGUGCCAGGAGGAGAACUUUUUAGUUACCUGCGCAACAUGGGGCGUUUCAACAACAGCACGGGACUGUUUUAUUCUGCAGAAAUUAUUUGUGCAAUAGAAUACCUGCACUCCAAAGAAAUAGUUUACAGAGACUUAAAACCUGAAAAUAUAUUACUAGACAAAGAAGGACAUAUCAAGCUUACUGACUUUGGAUUUGCUAAAAAGCUGGUGGAUAGGACAUGGACGCUCUGUGGCACUCCAGAGUACCUUGCACCAGAAGUUAUACAAAGCAAAGGCCAUGGAAGAGCUGUGGAUUGGUGGGCUCUAGGAAUUCUUGUAUUUGAGAUGCUGUCAGGGUUUCCUCCAUUUUUUGAUGACAAUCCAUUUGGUAUAUAUCAGAAGAUUCUUGCUGGCAAAAUAGAUUUCCCAAGGCAUUUGGAUUUAUAUGUAAAAGACCUUAUUAAGAAGCUGCUUGUAGUUGACAGGACAAGACGAUUAGGAAAUAUGAAGAAUGGAGCAGAUGAUGUGAAGAGACAUCGGUGGUUCAGGUCUAUAGAUUGGGAUGCUGUACCUCAAAGGAGACUAAAGCCUCCCAUAGUGCCAAAAGUAUCCAAUGAUGGGGAUACUUCCAAUUUUGAAGCUUACCCUGAAGAUGACUGGAACAAGAUACCUCCAGUACCCCCUAAAGAUCUAGAAAUUUUCAAGAACUUCUGAAUGUGACAUCUGCACUGAUGAGAAACUGGAAGGAAGUUGAAAUGCUAACAGCAAGUCAGAAGAAAAAUGGAGUUCAUAUGUAAAUGAAGAAUUUUUGUGGAUAAGAAUGAUACUGCAUUUAAAUAUGCAAAUGAGUGUAUAGUAAAUAUCUAAAGAGUUGGAGGCAGGCAAGAAUAAUUUUUUGCUGUAAACAUUUGAUAUUAGUGAAUUGUAAUAUUGAUAGUCUAUUCUGAAGUAGACUUGCUAAAAUGGUGUAUUUUAGGUGGUUUGGUUUGUUUUUUUUUUUAACUUAUGGUUAAGUUUCCUGCUAUUCCCAGAUCCUUUUUGCAUAGUUAAUUCAUAGACUUAAUUUUAUAAGUUUAUACUAAACUUGUGUAAUUAAAAGCACAAAUUAGUAUGUAUGUAUAUAAUGAAUACAGUACAACUAAAGCACAGGAACUGUGCAAAGAUGUAAAUUUUUGUACUUUGCAGAGUCUAUGAUUUUUAUUUUUCAAAUAAUGUUUUUCAAGAAGUUCUCUAGGAAUAAAAAUCUUAAAAGGAUAAAAGAGGUUUUCAUCAUCCUAUAUACAUUUUAUAAUUCUUUGUAAAAAAUAAAAAUAAUUAAGUUUUAAAAAAUAUUUGUACCUAAAAUUUCCAAUGCCUCACAAUUGCAACCAUAGUACUUGAAAGCAGAAAGACAAGGGCAUGUUUUAUUGCUGUUUAAGAUGCAUCUUAAUCAUCUUAAUGGCUGAUUUAUAAAGUUCUGUUGCAGCGAUAUCUCUACAAACCAAGAUACUGAGUGUUUAUGUAUUGUCUGAAAUGAGAUUCCUCACAUGAAGACUCUCUGUAAACAUGCAAUUCAGUGCAUACUGAUAAAAGGGCUCUAACUGGCUCUUACCGGAGUUGUUGUCUCUCAAGCUUGCUGUCUUCUCCAAAUGUAAAGUAUGAGCCAUAAAAGACUUCUUCCAUUAUUGAAAUAGAUGUUUUUGAGUGCUUGGCAGUUCAGAAUAUCAGAGGGAAGACUGAAAAUAUAUUAGAGCCUGAUUCUUCUGCUCCUGCUUUUGGAAAUGUCCUAAAAUCUCUGCUGACAGGAAUUCCAUAUGUGCAGAAUUCAAACCUCAAAUGUAAGGAGUCUCUUAUUUUCAUCUUGUACUAAUGUCCUUCUAGCAGCUUGCGUACACUGUAUUUAGGAAGUAUUUUCAAUACUGCAUCAUUUUAAGUAGCACCAAAUAUCAGUAUGUGCAUAUAUAUGUACCUAUGUAUAUGAAUACACAUAAAUAUGAAGGUAGAUUGUGUAAAAGUCAGGAUAUUUUUUUAGGAUUUUUUUUAUGUUAUAUAUUGUGAUACUUGUGUUAAUAUAGGGGAACUGGUUUUGAAGCGCUUGGAUUUCAAAAAGUAAUGAUAUUCUCUCAGAUGUUGUGGAUUUUGCUAACUUUUAGUGAAAUCAUUAUAUUUAUACCAAAUUUUUUUUCCAAGGCAUGUCAGCUCACUGAAGUUCCACUACGAUAGCUCUACAUAAAACUGUGUAAGUAGACCAUACAUUAAGCUUCUCCAACAAAUUGCUCUCCACAUUUAUCUGAAAUGCUACAAGAAACAUAGGCUAAAAAUCUUUUUUCUGAACUAAAGCCUGAAUGCUUAUGAAGUAGACAUUCUAUUAAUCCCUAAUUAAAUUGCCAUAAUAUUGUGACAGAUCUGCAUCUGGAGUCUCCUCGUGGAAGAGUGACUUCCAUUUUCUUCUAGGUAACUCUAAAGAGUACAGAAAUGCUGUUGAGAUCUUGCAAUUUCUAGGUUACUAGAUCUAUUUCUUCGUAAAGCAAAUCUUACCUUGAAGAGAUUGCAGAAAUGCGCAACAUGUGGCAAAAUGAGGAUACUUCAAAGUGGUAAUUCUGGAAUGUCACAAAGUCAUCUCGAUGUUAUGCAAGUGCCACAGAUUAAUGACCCCACCUGCUGCUCAGUAAAAUCAGUGUAGGAAUGUAUAAUGAAAUACAGGAAAAUCCAUAGAAAGUGAUCAUUUCAACCUGGUAAAAAUACCUUGCUCUCCUGAAAAAAAUUAAUCCAGUCCACUGUUUUUGUAUCUGUGGAGUGAGUUAUUCCAUAUCCAUCAGAAAAAAAUGAAGCACAGAAAACAUAACUGAAUUUAUUUAAUGGGAGCAGCCACAGUUCAGCUCUUUUUUUUUUUUGUGUGUGUGUGAGCUUUAACUUUUAUGGAUUCUGAGUACUACAAAACCAGUUUCUUGUUUAAAAAUGUACUUACUGCAACAAGCAAGUGGGCUAAAUAUUUUUUUUUCCAAGUUUAAAA